AUGCAACUGUGGGAUGGAUAACCAAAACCGACAGACUCUGCGGAUUCAUCAUACAUGUAGGUAACAAGUAGAAAAAGUUCUAUAGUGACGAUAGUUCUAUUCUUUUUAAGUAAAAAAUGUCUUUUCCUUAGAUUUAAAGAGUUACUUGCUUGCAAAGUAAGUUUUUAUAAUGUUUAUGAAUUCUACGACUUUAAAGAGUAAAUCGGGAAGGGGGCUUCAUCCAGAGUGGUGAAAGCCUUCUGCAAAUUUACCCACAGAUUUGUUGCGAUCAAAAUAAUUGAUAAAACAACUCUCAAACCUUUAAAUUAUGCUUCUCUGGAACAAGAAAUCGAAAUAUUAUUGAAGGUCAAGGACUCCAUCUACUGUUCUCAGAUUAUCGAAAUUUAUUAGAGCCAAUAUGCUUUCUAUAUUGUUAUGAGAUUAUUGAGUGGACAAUCAUUGUCUACAUAUCUAGAAAAUCAGUAAGGAGAAGUUCAAAAGAAGUUAACAAGCAAACAAAUCUUGUAAAUCAUGAGAAGACUACUGGAAGGAGUAAAUUACUUGCAUUCAGUUGGAAUCAUACAUAGAGAUAUUAAGCCAGACAAUUUGAUGCUGGCUGAAUAAGAUAAUUUUGAUACGAUCACCUUAAUAGACUUUGGGUUAUCUACAUUUACUAAGAUCAACAGAUACUUAUUUUAUAAAUGUGGUACUCCAGGAUAUGUGGCUCCAGAAAUUUUGAACUCCGCAGUCAGAAAUCAGUAAUCUGAGAGUUGCGAUAUCUUUAGUUGUGGAUGCAUCUUUUAUAGAUUGGAAAAAUGUAUUUAAGGGCAGAACAUACGAUGA